GCGUCACUCCGCAGGGCGGUGCCGGCAGGUAGAGCCCAGCGGCGGCCACAGCUCCAGCAGCAGCCGGGGCCGCGCACUCAGGACGCACUGUGCUCCGGGACACACGCACGGACCACGAACAGGGAAGUUGGAGCGUCAGAGUCGGAGGGAAGAAGCAUGUUCAGCUGGGCCAAACAGGAGCAGGGCGGCCGCAACAAAGAGGGAGAGAUGUACCAGACGGUGACCGAAGGGCUGCAGACCCUCUACACCAAGAAGCUGCUGCCGCUGGAGGACACCUACCUCUUCCACGACUUCCACUCCCCGGCCCUGGAGGCGGCUGACUUCCAGAGCAAACCCAUGGUGCUGCUGGUCGGACAGUACUCCACCGGGAAAACGACCUUCAUCAGGUACCUGCUGGAAGAGGACUUCCCCGGCAUGCGGAUCGGUCCGGAGCCGACCACCGACGGCUUCAUCGCCGUGAUGUACGGAGAGAACGAGGGCGUUGUCCCCGGCAACGCUCUGGUGGUCGACCCCAAGAAGCCAUUCAGGAAACUCAACGCCUUCGGGAACUCCUUCCUCAACAGGUUCAUCUGCUCCCAGAUGCCCAACCAGGUCCUUCAGAGCAUCAGCAUCAUCGACACUCCUGGAAUCCUGUCUGGAGAGAAGCAGCGGAUCAGCAGAGGUUACGACUUCUCCGAGGUUCUGCGUUGGUUCGGGGAGCGGGUGGAUCGGAUCAUUCUGCUGUUUGACGCUCAUAAACUGGACAUUUCAGACGAGUUCUCUGAAGCCAUCAAGGCCUUCAAAGGUCAGGACGACAAGAUCAGAGUGGUCCUGAACAAGGCUGACCAGGUGGACACCCAGCAGCUGAUGAGGGUGUACGGCGCCCUCAUGUGGUCGCUGGGGAAGGUGAUCAACACUCCAGAGGUGGUGAGAGUUUACCUGGGCUCCUUCUGGGCCAAACCUCUGCAGAACACCGAGAACAGGCGUCUGUUUGAGGCUGAAUCUCAGGAUCUUUUCCGAGACAUCCAGAGUCUUCCGAGGAACGCGGCGCUCCGGAAACUCAACGACCUCAUCAAGAGAGCGCGACUGGCCAAGGUCCACGCCUACAUCAUCAGCUACCUGAAGAAGGAGAUGCCGUCUCUGUUUGGCCGGGAGAAGAAGAAGGAGGAGCUGAUCAUGAGGCUUCCAGAGAUCUACACCUUCCUGCAGAGAGAGCAUCACAUCAGCCCCGGAGACUUCCCCAGCGUCACCAAGAUGCAGGACAUGCUUCAGCACUACGACUUCAGUAAGUUUCCGUCCCUGAAGAUGAAGCUGAUCGAGUCGGUGGAUAAGAUGUUGGCCACUAAGAUCGCCGUCCUGAUGGCGAUGAUUCGGGACGAGGAGUCCAAGCAGCCCCCCGCUAUGGUGUCGGGCGGCGCCUUCGAGGGUUCCCAUGAAGGACCCUUCGGCCAGGGCUACGGCGAGGGCAUCAGCGCCGGCGCCGACGCCGAGGACUGGAUCGUAAGCCGAGACAAGCACCGCUACGACGAGAUCUUCUACACGCUGAUGCCCGUCAACGGGAAGAUCACCGGCAACAACGCCAAGAGGGAGAUGAUGAACUCGCGGCUGCCCAACACCGUCCUGGGGAAGAUCUGGAAGCUGGCCGACUGCGACCACGACGGCAUGCUGGACGACGAGGAGUUUGCUCUGGCUCAGCACCUCAUCAAGAUCAAGCUGGAGGGCUACGAGCUGCCGGCCGAGCUGCCCCACCACCUGGUGCCCCCCGCCCACCGCAAGAACCCCACCGCCGACGCCCUGUACAACCACAGCGAGGACUAGCAGGGCGAUAGGGACUGGAAACACGGAGGGACGGACGGCUGCAGGACGUUAAAGGUUCAACACCAAAACCACCAACAAACAUCUCUGACUUUAUCUGUCGAACAAUUCAGCCGAAUUAAAGAAGAAAAGCAGCAAAACUUCUGGCUUCCUGUCGCCACAUUUCACUGAUUCUGCUUCAUUUAGUAUAAAACAGAACAAUCCUAAUAUUUAACCUCCUUCACAAACUUCCUGCCUUAACUUUCCUCCAAACGACCACAACAUAAACCUGCUCAGAGGUUUAAAUAUCCAGCAACUCUCCACUGUUUCUGUUCCAUUAAUUAGCAUUAGUUUGUCCAAAACACCGACCACUUUGCUCAGCAUCGCUUCAUUUUUCUUCUAUUUCUGCCAAAAAUCCCCAAAAUCUGCACCAACCUCUGCUGGCUGCCGCAGAAAGGGUUUUAGUUUGCAGCAGUAUGAAGCAGAAACCUGCAAAUAUUCAGGAUUUUAACUUUUAUGUCAUCAAUUAAUCUGCUAAAGAACCAAAAAAAUAAUCUACAAAGUGCAUGAGAACAAAAUUAUAUUAUCUUUAAACACAAUAAACACAAAGAAAAGUGUCUCAAAACUUAAGAUAUUGAAUUCAUUCAUUUACAAAACAAAGAAAGUCAGCUGUUUGGUCUAAAAUGUGAGAAAAUGUGGAUCAGUUUCCUCAAAUGUCUCAUUUAGUCCAAAGGUCUUCAGUUUUUAAGUCAUAAACCAGAAAAUAUUUGCACAGAAUUUAGACUGUUACUCAAAUCGAUUAUAAAAAGGGUGAUUAAUUUCCUGGUUAAUGAUUAAUCGAUUAAUCGAUGCAGCUGGAGUUAUGAUGAACUAAAGGAAUAAACCGUUACUGUAGGAAGAAAUGAACCAAAGAGCCUCUUAAACUAUCAAAAACAGGACUAAGAAGAGAAACAAGAGGAAAAAGCAGAAUUUUCCUUUAAAUCCUCCUCAGAUUUCCAUCCUUCAUUUCCACAGCUGUGCCUUUUCAUUUCAGAGCCUCUCAGGAGUUCAUUUCAGCGUUUGACUCGUGUCGUCACGUUUCAGGGCUUCAAUGCUGCAGCGCCUUCGGUUCUAUGACGGGACAGGUCCGUCCUCGAGGACUCGGCUUCACUCCAGUGCCUUUAACACGCAAAAACCCAAAUAUAGACCAAGCAGAAACUGUUUCUGUGCUUUUCACAUCCGACCAGGCCUCCUAGAAAUUACAUUCACAUGUUACUGACGUGGUGGAUCCUUUAAAUUCAUUUAAGUAAAAUUAAGCCUUGAAUCAUCUUUAAAAUGCUGCAGAAUCAAACAUCUGUGGUUCUACAGUCAAUAAAUGAGGUUAUUCUGCAGAAAUAAACACUUAAAUGUCAGAAAAUGUCAUUGUGGAGGACAAAGAAGUUGCAUUUCAGGGUUUUUCCUGCUCAGAAUGAGGCAAUCAGGAUGAUGGUUUUUCACUGAAAUCUGCAUUUUCUUAUUUCUGAUCAUUUUAUCAACAACAAUGUCUAUUAUGCUUCACUAAAUGACAUAAAAAUAUGCCUGUGAUUGUAAAGUUUAAUAUAAUGUUGAUCUGUGAGCUUAAAAACCUGUAGAUGAAGCGGCAGGAGGUCGGGGUGGAUGGAGGGCGAACAAACACAAGUUCCCAUCUGAGGCAGGAAAAGUUCAGAAAAUCAACUGGAAUAAAAGUUUAUGCAGAAAUCUAAAGUAUCCAGCCUCCCGUAGACAAACAUUUCUACUUUACAUCUCUGGUUCUGCAGUUAUUUUUAUGUUAAAUCCAUAGUUAGGUUAAAAAAAAAAAAAAAAGACUCAGAGUUCAGUCACGGUUUUCUGCUCUGUUAAAACAAAUCAGAACAAAAUCAGGAUCUGGAAGCAAUUCUGGACUCUGAACUUUAUCUGCCUUUUUUCAACUUCUUGGAAUAUUUUUUUUUCAAUGUAAAACCAAAAAAAAACGACCAUGUAAGGUUUCUGUUUUUUAUUAUGUUAAAAUCCUGUUUCAUGUAAUUUAAAUAAACAUCUUGAUUAUUAUGUUCCCACAAAUUCAAAUGUGAUUUUGCUUUUUGUUUGUUCUUCAGACGUUUGUGAGUGGAACCUUUUUGAUGACCAACAUGUAGCAUCUGUUCUGCUGUUUAUCUACCAAACAUUUCCUCUUUGUGUUCAUAUAGAUUGUACUCCAGCUGCACUGUGGUUUCCUUCCUUGCUGUUUGUGUGUAAAUGUAAUUUCUAGGAGCUCCAUGAGGGAACAUUUGUCCAUGAAGUCCAGAUUUACUGUAAGGAAAAGGAAGCAGCAGCCGGGUGGUGGUUUAAGACAAGCUUCUCUCAGUCCGACUGUACAUUUCAUGAAAAGCUCAAAUGCAGCCUUCAUUUAUCUGAAUGUAAAAGUUUUUAUUUUUUGAUCUGUUUUGUAUUCUUGUUGUUCAGAUGUGAAGCAGCUCAUCCUGUUAGCGGAGCUGCGAGCUAAUAAAGAUUAUUCAAUCCUCAA